UUGCGAAGAAUCACUGUAUCUCUCUCUCUCUCUUUCUUCCAGAAAUGAUAACAGGAGUCAUGUGGUCUAUAAACUAACCGUACUGAUGUCUUGAUCUUUGCGAUGGAGGACAAUUCUCACGAUAUAUACCCAACAAUAAAAUAAUGCAUUGUGGGCUCAUUUCAAUCUUCUCUAUACAUGUGGAGAGGGAGAAAGUGAGAGAGAGAGAGAGGAGCAUUAUUGGUACUGCUUCUGAUACAGCACCAUCCACUAGAGUAAUGGAACGAGCUGUAUACAAUAAGAGAGAUGAAGACUCUGACAUUGUCAGUUGGUUUGAGGACAUAGCCGAGAACGCCGGGCAAGUUCAAACACAGACUCUACGGCGGAUUCUUGAACUGAACUAUGGUGUAGAGUACCUCAAGAAAUGGUUGGGAGAGAUAAAUAUUCAUGACUUUGAGGAAAGAGCUUUGGAAUCUUUUUAUACUUCUAUGGUUCCUCUUGCCUCCCAUGCAGAUUUGGAGCCUUAUAUCCAGAGAAUUGCCGAUGGGGACACAUCUCCUGUACUCACUCAAAAACCGAUGACAACUCUCUCUCUAAGUUCUGGAACGACAGAAGGACGACAGAAGUACGUACCCUUUACUCCCCACAGCUCCAAGACGACUCUUCAAAUUUUCACUUUGGCAGCAGCCUAUAGAUCAAGAAUAUAUCCAACAAGAGGAGGAGGAAGAAUCCUAGAGUUCAUAUACAGCAGCAAACAAUUCAAAACAAAGGGAGGCCUAACAGUAGGAACAGCCACAACCCACUAUUAUGCAAGUGAAGAGUUUAAAAUCAAACAGGAGAAGACCAAGUCAUUCACUUGCAGCCCAACUGAAGUAAUCUCAAGUGGAGACUACAAACAAUCCACAUACUGUCACCUCCUUCUUGGCCUUUUCUUCUCUGAUCAAGUAGAGUUCAUAACCUCCACUUUUGCAUAUAGCUUAGUGGAGGCAUUUAGGUCAUUUGAAGAGCUUUGGCAAGAAAUAUGCAAUGACAUCAGAGAAGGCACUCUCAGUUCAAGAAUUACCAUCUCAAAAACACGAAAAGCUGUCUUGGAAAUCAUCGCCCCGAAGCCAUUUCUGGCUUCGUGGAUUGAAACGAGCUGUGAGGAGUUGGAAGAUGAAGGCUGGUUUGGUCUAAUUCCGAAGCUUUGGCCAAAUGCUAAGUAUGUGUACUCUAUAAUGACAGGAUCAAUGCAACCAUACUUGAAAAAACUGAGGCAUUAUGCUAAAGAGCUGCCAUUGGUGAGUGCUGACUAUGGAUCCACAGAGAGCUGGAUUGGAGUGAAUCUGGAUCCUUCUUCUCCAGCAGAGAAUGUUAGUUUUGCAAUUAUACCCACCUUUUCUUACUUUGAGUUCAUACCUCUUCAUAGACAAAGCCAAGAUUUCAAUUCAGCUACUGAUGACUUCAUAGAAGAUGAUCCAAUACCUCUCUCUCAAGUUACUAUUGGACAGGAGUAUGAGAUUGUUCUAACUACUUUCACUGGCCUCUAUAGGUACAGACUAGGAGAUGUGGUGGAAGUUGCUGGUUUCCACAGAGGGACCCCAAAAUUGAACUUUUUAUGCAGGAGAAAGCUAAUUUUGACAGUAAACAUUGACAAGAACACUGAAAAAGACCUUCAGUUGGUGGUGGAAAAGGGUUCUCAAAUACUCAGCAAGGCAAGAACUGAGCUGGUUGAUUUCACAAGCCAUGCGGAUGUGUCAAAGCAGCCAGGUCACUACAUAAUAUACUGGGAGAUCAAAGGAGAGGUUGAAGAUGGUGUUCUAAGGGAUUGCUGCACUGAAAUGGAUGACUCUUUCGUCGAUCAUGGCUAUGUUGUUUCACGAAGAACCAAUUCGAUUGGUCCUCUAGAACUUUGCAUUGUGGAGAGUGGGACAUUUAAGAAGAUUUUGGAUUAUUUCAUUGGAAAUGGCGCAGCAUUGAGCCAGUUCAAGACACCAAGGUGCACUAGCAACCAAGUCCUGCUGAGAACUCUCAAUCUCUGCACUGUUAAGAGGUUUCACAGCACAGCAUAUGGGUGAAGCAAAAUCAAAACAAAGGGUUGUUCUUGGUGGUUGCUUCUAAAUAGCAAAUCAAAACAGUUUUUGUCGGGUAUUUUGAAUAGAGUUGGCUAUUCUCUUUGGUGAUCUGUAAAAAUAUAUUUCAUAAUAUGUUUAAGAACUUCCCAAGUAUGCCAAAAAUUGAGGUAAUCAAG